AUGGGUGAUGAUAUCCGUUAUUUAUGUUCUGUCGAGUGGACAGUUAGUGACGGGGAACAAUCUGCGGGGCUGAUAGAAUCCGCACCGUCUCUCCGCAAUCCCAAUAAUCCAAUAUACCACAUCGCAGCCAUUUGCCCGCGGGAAAGAAUUGACGAAGAGCGUGUGAGGGGUCUUGGAUUGGACCAGGGGGAAAGGAUGGGGUCCAUGUAUGUGGAAAUUAAUUCAGUGGGGCAUGAACACGCUGAAACAAUGGGUCUACCAGGACAGUCAGAAGAAGCACCGCCAGCGCCAAUACACGGGCGUGGAAAAGCACAGGUGCGGCCGCUCGCCAAAGGCAUCCGCGCCCCGCCCCCACACAACAUGAAGACCCUUUUGCUUCACGUCUUCCUCGGACUCGCCGCCGCGGCGCCCACAGUCGAUAUCAAUAUCGUGGGCGGUUACGAGUGCCGUAAACACGCCGCUCCCUGGAUCGUGUGGUUCAAUGUCGGCUACCAUCUGUGCGGCGGUUCCCUGAUCAACUCGCGCUGGGUGGUGGCCGCAGCUCAUUGUGACAGCUCGAAAGUACAUGUUCGUCUGGGCGAACAUGAUAUCACGGCUACGGAGGGGUCGGAGGGGUCGGAGAUGGUGAUCAGACGUCCCAAAUACGAUUACUACGGCCUGGACAACGACAUCAUGUUAAUCACACUGUCCCGGCCCGCCGCCAUGAACCGCAAUGUGGUCGUCAUUCCCCUGCCCGUGCUGACCAACGUCCCGCUCGGAUUUCCGCCCAUUUGUGUGGUUAGCGGCGACCAGCUUCAGUGUUUGGACGCCCCGGUUCUGAGUGACGCGGACUGUUCCGGUUCCUACCCGGGAAUGAUCACGGACAACAUGAUGUGGCUCGGCUACUUGGAGGGAGGCCGCGACACCUGCCAGGGUGAUUCUGGCGGGCCGGUGGUUUGUAACGGAGUGAUCCAGGGAGUGGUGUCGUGGGGGUACGGCUGUGCCGACAGGGACCAUCCCGGUGUGUACACUCGCGUCUGCACUAAGUCUCCUGGAUCAACAACACCGUCGCGGCAAACUGAGCCGGUGACCACCGGCCCCCGCGCCAGAUCUCCGCCUCUCACUCUCUGUACAACUGGGAAACUAUCAAUAAAAUGGUUGCAAUGAAGAACAAUAGACAAUACACAAUAGGUGCAGGAGUAGGCCAUUCGGCCCUUCGAGCCAGCACAGCCUUUCAAUGUGAUAACGGUUGACCAUCCACAAUCAGUGCGCCGUUCCUGCUAUCUUUAACAGCCCUAUCUAGCUGUCUCUUGAAAGCCUCCAGAAAACCGGCCUCUGCCGCUCUGUGAGGCAGAGAAUUCCACAGACACACAACUCACUGGGUGGAAAAGUGUUUCCUCGUCUCCGUUCUAAUUUGCUUACUCCUAAUUCUUAAACUGUGGCCCCUGGUGCUGUACUCCCACAAUAUCGGGAACAUGUUUCCUGCCUUUAGCAUGUCCAGACCCUUAACAAUCGUAUGUGUUUCAAUAAGAUCUCCUCUCAUCCUUCUAAAUUCCAUCGUGUGCAAGCCCAGCCGCUCUUUCUUUCAGCAUAUGUCAGUCCCAUCAUCACAGGAAUUAACCUUGUAAACCUACGCCGCACUCCCUCAAUAGCACGAAUGUCCUUCCGCAAAUUGUGCGACCAAAACUGCACACAUUAGUCCAGGUGAGGUCUCACUAGGGCUCUGUACAACUGCAGGAGGACCUCUUUGCUCAGAUACUCGAUUCCUCGUGUUAUAAAGGCCAACAUGUCACUCGCUUUCUUAACUGCCUGCUGUACCUGCAUGCCUAUUUUCAUAGACUGAUGAAGAAGGACCCCAGAACCUGUUGUGCCUCCCCUUUCCCAACUUGACGCCAUUUAGUUAGUAACCUGCCUUCCUCUUUCUGCUACCAAAGUGGAUAACCUCACAUUUAUCCGCAUUAAAUUCCAUCUGCCAUGCAUCUGCCCACUCCCCCAACCUGUCCAAAUCACACUACAUUCGCAUUGCAUCCUCCUCACAGAGCACACUGCCACACAGCUUUGUGUCACCUGCAAAUUUGCUAAUGUUACUUUAAAGCCCUUCUUCCAAAUCAUUGAUGUAUAUUGUAAAUAGCUGCGAUCCCAGCACCGAGCCUUGAGGUCCCCCAUUAGUCACUGUCUGUCAUUGUCAAAGGGUCCGUUAAUCCCUACUCUUUGUUUCCUGUCUGGCAACCAAUUGUCUAUCCAUGUCAGCACUCUACCCCGAAUACCAUGUGCCCAAAUUUUGCCCACUAAUCUCCUAUGUGGGACCUUAUCAAAUGCAUUCUGAAAGUCCAGGUACAUUGCAUCCACAGGCUCUCCCUUGUCCAUUUUCCAAGUUACAUCCUCAAAAAAAUCCAGAAGAUUAGUCAAGCAUGAUUUUCCCUUUGUAAAUCCAUGCCGACUCGGUCCAAUCCUGUUACUGCUAUCCAAAUGUGCCGCUAUUUCAUAUUUUAUAAUUGACUCCAGCAUCUUCUCCACCACCGAUUUCAGGCCUAUAAUUCUGUUUUCUGUCUCCCAUUUUUCUUAAAAAGUGGGAUAAAAUUAGCUACCCUCCAAUCCACAGGAAUUGAUAUUGAUUCUAUAGAACACUGGAAAAUGAUGACCAAUGCGUCCACGAUUGCCAGAUCCACUUCCUUAAGUACCCAGGGUUGCAGACCAUCAGGCCCUGGGGAGUUAUCAGCCUUCAGUCCCAUCUGUCUAUCCAACACCAUUUCCUGCAUAAUGUGGAUUUCCUUCAGUUCCUCCGUCACCCUAGGUCCUCUGGCCACUACUGUAUUAGGCGCCCCCCCCCCCCCCGCCCCCCGUUCCAACCUAU